ACCGGGCAGCUGUCACAUGACCAAGGCUAUACGGCUGCUGAGAGGGGCCAAUCUUAGACGGAAAAUAGGGGGCGAGACAGAUUUGUGUGACCGGGAGAGGGGGCAGCGCCCGGCCUGAGAUAUGCAGAAGAUCAAGAACCUCAUGACCCGUCAGGGCCUCAAGAGUCCACAGGAAAGCGUCCACGAUCUUAGUCCUGUGGAAAACCUCCAGAUUCCAGCAAAGGAGGAGCAGCGAGAGCCCAGAGAACACGCGACUGAUCCUCUAGCCGAGCAAGAGCUUAUCAACAGCAUUGAAGAGAUUUACUUUUCAAAUGACUCUCUUGACAUUGUGGAAUAUGAGCUUGAGAAACUGCCCCCGGUUCUCACACUGCAUGAGAUUGAGGAAUACAGAGAGAAGCUGAAGAGACAGCAGGCUGCGGUUUCCAGGAAAGUAGCAGAUCUGAUAUUGGAAAAGCAGCCCUCGUAUGUUAAGGAAUUGGAGCGCGUUACGUCCUUGCAGACGAGUCUUCAGCUGGCGGCUGUUAUUUGCGCUAAUGGGAGAAGGCACUUAAAUACCGCGAAAGAAGGCUUUACGGAGGCCAGCCUGGGACUAUUGGCAAACCAGAGGAAACGGCAGCUAUUGAUUGGCCUGCUGAAGUCUCUGAGGACCAUUAAGACACUGCAAAGAACGGACGUCCGCCUCAGCGAAAUGCUGGAGGAAGAAGACUACCCCGGAGCCAUCCAACUGUGCUUGGAGUGUCAGAAGGCGGCAAGUACCUUUAAACACUACAGCUGUAUAAGUGAACUGAAUUCAAAGCUGCAGGACACUUUAGAACAGAUCGAGGAACAACUAGAUGUGGCACUCUGUAAGAUCUGCAAGAACUUUGAUGUCACUCACUAUACAAAAGUGCAGCAGGCGUAUAGACUUCUGGGGAAAACACAGACGGCAAUGGACCAGCUGCACAUGCACUUCACGCAGGCAAUCCACAACACCGUGUUCCAAGUUGUUCUGGGAUAUGUGGAGCUUUGUGCAGGAAACUCGGAUACAAAAUUUCAGAAGCUGCCUUACAAGGACCUAUGUAUGCACAUAACGUCAGACAGCUACAUUCCAUGCUUAACCGACCUCUGCAAAGCACUCUGGGAAGUUAUGCUGAGUUACUUUCGCACAAUGGAGUGGCAUGAAAAAUUUGAUCAGGAGGAACCCCAAGCCACGUCUGAUAGUAACAGUGUGCCCGCUACAGAAGAGAACAAUUUUGAUCGAAAUUACAUAAAAAAGAAACUGGAGCACGGACUGACACGCAUAUGGCAGGACGUUCAGCUGAAAGUCAAGACGUAUCUCCUUGGAACAGAUAUGUCCAACUUCAAAUAUGAUGACUUCAUUGUUGUUUUGGAUAUAGUCAGCAGGCUUAUGCAGGUCGGGGAGGAGUUCUGUGGCAGCAAAUCUGAGGUCCUGCAAGAAUCCAUUAGGAAGCAGAGUGUGAACUAUUUUAAGAAUUAUCACAGAACACGCCUUGAAGAGCUCCGAAUGUUCCUCGAAAAUGAGACCUGGGAGCUUUGCCCGGUCAAAUCCAGUUUUAGCAUAUUACAGUUACACGAAUUUAAGUGUUUGGGACAAUCCCGCUCUCCGUCCAUGUCACCAAGUAAGCAGGCCACUUCAGCCGAUUCUGCUGCCGUCUCAUUAUUUGAGCAGUACACCAGUGGAGGGAAUCCUUUUGAGAUACAAUCCGUAUUGAAAGACGAUGAAACUGAGGAUGUUUUGGCUUCAAAUGGGUACGAAUCCGACGAGCUGGAGAAAAGUGCUUAUCAGGAGUACGACAGUGACAGCGACGUCCCCGAGGAACUAAAGAGAGAUUAUGUUGAUGAGCAGACUGGAGAUGCACCGUCAAAAAGUGUUUCCAGAGAGACCCUGAGGAGCCGCAAGAGAUCCGAUUACAGCCUGAACAAGGUGAACGCUCCCAUCCUGACAAACACUACGCUGAACGUAAUAAGGCUUGUGGGAAAAUACCUGCAGAUGAUGACCAUACUGAAGCCAAUCGCCUUUGAUGUCAUUCACUGCAUGUCGCAGCUUUUCGACUACUACCUUUACGCCGUAUACACGUUUUUCGGCAGAAAUGAUGCGUAUGAAUCCACCGGGCUUGGACUGAGCAGCAGCAGACUGCGGACCACCCUGAACAGAAUUCAGGAAAGUCUCAUUGACGUGGAAGUGGCUGGUGAAAACGUGGGAUCUCUGGCCCCGGGAGAAGAAAGGAAAGAGAAGGUUCCGAGUCCGCACUUUAGCCAACUGGUGGCGCUAACAGAGAGUAACACCCUGUAUGGGCUCGCCCAGAGAGUAGUCGCUACAGAGUCCCUGGUUUUCUUGGCUGAACAGUUUGAAUUUCUGCAGACGCAUCUGGACUCUGUGAUGCCGGCAGCUAAGAAACCCUUCCUGCAGCAGUUCUACUCGCAGACCGUGUCCACCGCCAGUGAGCUGCGCAAGCCAAUUUACUGGAUCGUCGCUGCAAAAGCCAUCGAUUAUGAACAGCUCCUGCAACUGAUGGCGAACGUGAAAUGGGACGUGAAGGAAAUCAUGUCCCAGCACAAUGUGUACGUCGACGCCUUACUGAAGGAAUUUGAGCGGUUUAAUAAGAAGUUGUCAGAUCUCUCGAAACACGUCCGGAUCCCUCUUCCCGUCUCCAACAUCCUGUGGGAACACUGCAUCCGGCUCGCCAAUAGGACGCUGGUGGAAGGUUAUGCCAAUGUGAAGAAGUGCAGCAACGAGGGCCGAGCUCUGAUGCAGCUCGAUUUCCAGCAAUUCCUGAUGAAACUGGAGAAGUUGACUGACAUCCGGCCAAUCCCUGAUAAGGAAUUCGUGGAGACUUACAUCAAAGCCUAUUACCUGACCGAGAACGACAUGGAGCGCUGGAUCAAGGAGCACCGGGAAUAUUCCACCAAGCAGCUCACCAACCUGGUAAACGUUUGCCUUGGAUCCCACAUAAACAAAAAGGCCAGGCAGAAGCUGCUGGCAGCUAUAGACGACAUGGACCGGCCCAAAAGAUAAUUCCCAAGGACCUGGCGGAUCUGAUCUAGCGCAGAAGUGCCACCGCUGGAUUGUAAUAAAUACGUAUAAUCAUGCAAAACGCAUCCUUCUCGUGUCUGAAAAAGUAUCGCCCUCGUCACAUUAUAUUUUAUUUGUACAGGUGUAUAAGGAAAGCUUUCUUAUUUCUGUUGGUUUGUAAGUUUUUUCUGUGUGGAAUCUGCUGAGAUUUUAAUUAUGGGGGAAGACUGGCGCUUCAUAAAGUGCGAAGGAGCAAGAGGCACCAAAGAGGCUCAGACCUCUUAAUAAAUUUGACACAUUUCGCAACCCGUGCUCCAGGAAAGCAAGCCAUACCUCGUUUUCCAGCAGUGACUGGCGUGAGGUACGGUAAUUCUGUCUUUCUAUGGGAAGCCACGUCGCCUCGCUAUGACCCUCCAGUGUGGCGAGAGAGACGUAAAAUUUGAAACAAUUUCUGAGCUAAAAUAUUUAAUAAUCACAUUGUAAAUCCCCCC